GAUGGCUAGCUAGCUACCUGUUUGAUAUAUAGAAACUACACUUCAGACACUGCAGUGAUACCUUAGUUAGUUAGCUUGUAGUUACCAGUAAACAUCACAUUUUGCAUAUCGUGGAAGUGCAUAUUUUCCAACGUGCGUCAGAUUGAUUUGGCAGCAUUUAUAUAGGUAUCUAGCCUAGGUAUUUCGGUGGGUGGGAAACGAGAAACGGUGAAAACUAGCUAGUCAGUGGUAAUUAGCUAGCUAGCAAACAUUUGUUAGCUCUGCAGCGUCUGAGCAUUGCGACCGAAAUGGCUGAGCUGGGUUUUAAUGAACACCACCAGAAUGAGGUGAUCAACUACAUGCGUUUUGCACGCUCCAAGAGGGCCUUGAGGCUCAAGACUAUCGACUCAUGCUUCCAAGACCUCAAAGACAGCAGGCUGGUGGAGGAGACCUACACGGCGGACGAGGUGGCGGAGAUGCUGGAGGGGCUUCGGGCGGUGGUCCGGGCCGAGGUGGAGACGGAGCUCAUCAACGCCGCCCACACCAAUGUGCUGCUGCUGCGCCAGCUCUUCUCUCAGGCCGAGAAGUUCUACCUGCGGCUGCAGACCGACACGUCGGAGCUGGAGAACAGGGAGCUGUUGGAGCAGGUGGCAGAGUUUGAGAAGGCUGAAUUUAAAACGACCAACAAAAAGACAAACCAGGAGACUAACAAACCCAAACUAGCUCCGUUGAAUGAAGGAGGUGUAUCUGAACUGCUCCAAAAGGAGAUCUCGCGACUACAGGAGGAGAACGAUAGGCUGAAAGCCAGGCUCCGGACAAUAGAAUCACAGGCUACAAGUGCAUUAGAUGAGAAGUCCAAGAUGGAGCAGGCUUUGAAGGACCUACAGAAGGUUCAGGGAGACCAGCAGCGGGCCCUGGGCGCCCAGGAGAUCAGCGGUCUGGAGGACACCGUGGCGGCGCUGAGGGCUGACUUCCAGCACGCCCUGAGCGCCAGCUCCGCCACCCAGAAGGACCUGCAGGAGAACCUGGUGACCGCCAAGCACGACCUCCUGCGGGUGCAGGAGCAGCUGUCCCAGGCUGAGAAGGAGCUGGAGAAGAAAUUCCAGCAGACUGCCGCCUACCGCAACAUGAAGGAGAUCCUCACCAAGAAGAACGAGCAGAUCAAGGAGAUCAGAAAGCGCCUGCGCAAGUAUGAGCCAGAUGAGUAAUCACACCAUUGGGGGCGAGAUGGACAUAUGCAAAUGCUGUAGCAAUGGAAGAAAUGGAUGGACAAAUUUGCAUUCUUGUCUUGUGAAGGAUACUGUGUUGGGACUCAAGAGGAUGAUGGGAAAUGUGAACUGACCAAUAUAGUCUAAUAGCACUAUGUUAUAUAAUACACCUCAUAUUCCCUGAUAUAAUAGGCUUCAUAGCUGUUAAGCUUCUGUAGAGAAUUGUGGGGAAUGUGAGCUACUGCAUCACAGUCCAAAAGCGCCGUUACCUAGAGUCAGUGCUAGCUCUUGAGAGUUUGCUAGUGUUGAAAGAGCACCAAAUAGUGCCCUUAGUGGCACCAAACAUGUGUUCAUUCCUUUUGCCUGGACCUUGAACAUUUCUUUUACACAUUAUUCAGCUGUUGCUGCAUUGCAUUUAAAGAGCCAUGGCACUCAUUCUUCAGUCUGUAUUUCUCCCAGUCAUGUUUACAGUAUAUGUUGUGCGUCUGCGUACGUGCAGGAAGUGAUGGCGUGUUUCACAGAUGAAAGGAAGCCGUUGUGUUUUCGCAAGACGUCUGCUCUGUCUGCUCCAGUGCGUCCGAGUGUCGAGAGGAGUGACGCUGUGGGGACAGUUGUGGCGGUAGCUGAGCGGUGUACACUGGCGCGUGGGGAUCACGUGACUCUGCUUGACAAAGGCUGUGCUCUGCAACAGCCGCCUGGGGAAAUAAACACUG